CGGAAACUGGCUUCAGCUCCGUUCUCGUUAAAUCUCGUUGACAGUUUUUUUCUUCUUCUCGCAAACACGAAGCAUGGCGACCUGGAGUCAGAUAAAAUGGUUACCUUUCAUGCUUACACGCGGUUGCUAUAAUGCUAAUAAACAGUUAUGUCAAGUUAAAGCUCGUGCCUUCUCAUUUUAUCCGGCAUCAAGAAACCAUAUACCUGCUUCUGAUGAUAACAGGGACAUGAACCUAGGUGUGACACGUGACAGUGAAACCAUAGUGUGUUUCCACCCUGUUCCAGACAUUGCCUAUGAGCUGACAAGGGUGGGCAUGCCCAUCCCCAGUCCAGAUCCUACACUUGAUACUGCAGAAACGCAUGAUCUAGUAUUGAAGUCUCAGCUUAAUAAUGACAUUUUAAAGGGCAAAAACGCCCCAGCUAUAGAGGAGCUUGCCAAGAUGUUCUACACCACAAAGCACCGCUGGUACCCGGUGGGACAAUAUCAUACAAGGCGCAAGAACCGAAAUCCACCCAAAGACAGAUAGCAGUGUUUGCUGUCUGAGAGUUAUAAAUGUGAUUGAUCGUAAUCUGCUUUUUGUGUGAACAAAUAAAACCAUUAUAAAUUAAUUGCAAGAA